AUGUACGGCUUCAUCGGAGACGACACGCUUGCCACAUUCCCGGUAUUCCUCCGAGAUUGGCUGAACAACUUCAACAGUCCUCUAAAAGCACAGAUUGAAGUGAUUGACAGGGGUCUGGUUACCAGGAACAUGCUGUCCACCUUCAACAAACUGCUCUCAGAACAAAACAGAAUCUCAGAAGUUCAAUUGAACGCUGACUAUGAGGGCUAUCAACACCACGUGAUGAGUUACAACGUAAGUAAUACAUAACAUAAAGCAAGUUUAAAAUUAGGGACCCCCGGGGUAGGGAAGAUCACCAUUAUGGUGUUUAUUGCGUCCUUCAACUAGGUCGUCCUCCGAAGAACCACUGUGUGCUACAGCACCAGGAACAAUGCGGCGCUCGAGAUCGCCAAACGAGCUGUCCGCCUUUGCACCGAACUUCAACUCCGUCAUUCAGAAAUUGUUCCUGAAGGUCCAUCUGUAGUUCGAUUCCAAAUGUCUCAUCUACACAUCUUUGAUACGCGUCAAACUCCAGAAGUAUCACCAUACGUUUCAUUUGGAAAGACGAUUCCCACAGUAAGUUGAAGAAAACAAUUAUUGGCAUCUUGGGGUUUCAGGAAAUUGGAAUAGUGUUCUCCUCUCUCGGAAACCACCCAUGCAGUGCCCUUAAGAAGUGGUCACCACAAAUGAUAAUGGUUGACGAAACCACAAUGGCAAACCACGAAGGCUUCAUCAACAUGAUGAUGCAAGUGAACUGCACCGCCCAGGUCAAUCAAAGUGGAAACAAUGCGCUUCCAAAAAGGAUGAUGUUGUUCGGCGACCCCUUCCAGAUGAAGUGGCGUUUUCCAGAACCCAGCUAUGUUAACGAGGACUUGGUCCACACGACUGGGACCAAGUCUGUUGCUGAACUUCGAUCACUACGAGUUUGAGAAAGAAGUCCUCGGUUUGAAAGAUGCCUGCAAAGCACCCCAAAUCACCGGUUGGUUUAUGUGAACCGCAGCUUCGCAGCAACAGCGCUGUCACUGGCGAGAAUCAUCGCUGCAACGGUUCAAGAAAACGGAAUGAUGAUCCCACCCUCAGAUAUUGCCAUCAUUACUCCCUACCGAAGUAAGUUUAAGUUUAAUUUUAGAUUACUGUUUUUAGUGCAAGAAACCACGCUUCAUAGUAUGCACCAACAGCACUUUAACGAUUUACGAGAACUCGGAAUCUACAAUAUUGAUGGAACACCGAGCCUCGAAUUUGAGGUAGUCAUCCUCGAUCUCACUCGUACACUUCCGGGAGGAUUUAUGGCUGGUAAAAUCCACGGCUACCCAAGUCAUGACGAUUUUGAUCGCUUUGUAGUUGGGAUCACAAGACCACGCCGAGCCCUGAUUGUCUUGGGAGGUGACGAUGUGAACCGUCCGGAUUUCAACCCCAACCACAACGCCAUCGAUUAUCUGUACCUCCACACUAUGGAAUUAUACAAGAACGAAACGUCCAUUACUUCGACUACGAGGUAAGCUGUGUUUGUUAAGGUUAUUGUUGUUUUAGGAGACGAACAAUGACAUCUUAG